CAGAGACCUUUUUCUACACAUUUCAUACACGCCCGGCUUUUUUUCUUUGAAUAGGCUUCCCAAACAAAAAAGUUUUUUUGAAAAUUGAGAUAGUUUACAGGGGAGUAGGAGUAUGUUAUAGCCUAAUUAGGAGUAUCAUUUGGUCGCGAAAUGCACUUUCAAUUAACGACUUCAUCGUGACAGCAACCUUCUUCUUGGCACCAAGAUUCUAACUUUCGGCUCAAUUGGCCGGCGAUGAUUCAAUCUAGAAAACAGCUCCGAGUCAUGAUCGCCGGAAAAUUAAAGGAUAAAGCGUCGCUGAUGAAGGCAUCCCUCACGGCGAAACGCACAGUUUCAUCAAUCCGGGUCGCCAUCAUUAGAGCCACCACCCACACCUCCACAUCCCCACCACCGGAGCACCGCGUUGCGGCUCUCCUUGACUUCGGUGACCGGCCUCCGGCGGUGAUAUGCGCCUGCGUCGGUGGCAUCAUGGACCGCCUCCACGGGACCCACAACCCUUUCGUGGCCCUCAAGUGUCUCUACGUCAUCCACACCCUCAUAGUCAAGGGCUCCCUCUCGUUCAAGAACCAACUCUGUUUCUAUCCCGCCGGCGGCGGCGGCCUUAGUUCUCUCAAUCUUUCCAACUUUAGAGCAAAUGCCGGCGCCGGAGUGGGAGCGCUAGAGUUAGCCGCGUGGGUGAGAUGGUACGCCGACGUAGUAGAACAGAAUAUAACGACGUUCAGAGUUCUUGGUGACAAUUCAUACGUUUCUUGCUCCUCGAGAAGAUCGAUAAACUUCGAGAAUAUAUACCCCAAGAAUCGCGAAUACUCCGGCGAUGAUAAGGAGAUGGAAUGUUUGGUCGGCGCGGUGGAGGGAAUCUGCGGGGCGCCGGAAUCUUUGGACUGGCGGAAGAACGACGUCGUGCAUGAGGUGAUGAGCAUGGUGGCGGAGGACUACCGGUCGGCUCAGUACCGAGUCGUGUUGCGGCUCAGUGAGUUGCAUGAGCGAGUUGGGAAGCUGAGUUACGUGGAGUUGACCGAGUUGAGGUCCUGGUUGGAGCGACUGGAAAAGUGCAAGGAGAGGAUGGUGGAGCUGUUCAUAAGGCGGCGGAACGGCACGUUCUGGGAAGUGGUCCGGCGGACGAAGGCGGAGGUUGAGCGGGUGAAGGAGGAGUGGGAAAUGCAGAGCAUGGUGUUGUGGAAUGGCGAUGGGGGAAAGUGAAGUCAACGUAGCGGGUGGACGUGUUGAAUGGGUCAUAAAGGAGAUGGACAUUUUUGCCAUGCAUAUAUGUUGAUAGUCAACGGCAAGAUUUUGCACAAAAGUUUACACAUUUAUACCUCAAUUGUUAAGAUUUUAGAUAUACGUAGUACGUAACAUUUUGAUUUUGAACAGAUUCAUAAUUUCAUAUGUAGAAAAAAAUGUAGAAAAAAAUUGCUUCCAUGUGAAAUAUUGUACGGUUUCUCUCCAUGUACGUUUACUAAUAAGAAAUUGUUUGAAUUCCAAAGUAAGCACAAAAAUGCUAUAAGUAUUCCAAUCCUAUCCCAAUUUGUACCUCAUAUAAAAACCUUCCUAUUUUUACCAUUUUUUUACUCCUUCAAACAUCUCUCAUCUCACACCCUCUCUUUCUUUCUCCCAUCCGUCUCUUGCUAUUCUCUCACCCCAUUCUCAUUUUUUCUCCUCUUUUCAUUUCAAGAGUUCUCAUCUCCAUUUUUGAAGGUUUCAAGAUCUCCCCAUCUAGUUGUCUCUAAGGUAUUCACUUCAAGAUGACGAAUGACUUAAAAUGUAAGGUUGAAAAAGUGUUCUAAGCGGAUGCUAAUUCAUUUACAAAUAUGAUACCGUGUGUGACUUCUUUUGCAAUGGAGAAACAAAUGCAAGGAUGCUAAAGUAUAUAGUGUUGGGGAAAUGUGCCCGUUUUGAACUUGUGAUUUUUUGAACAUGUAUUUUUUUCAUAUUAUAGUUGGAAAAAUGUGUUGAAUAUUGUAUAAUGUUACAUGUUCAAUGUUGAACAAUUGGAUUCAUUUUUUUUUGAACAUGUGUAAGUUUUUACAAAUAUUACAUUUACAAUUAUC